CUAGUAUUGUAUAAUUAUAGUUACAUCUGUAAAGACAAUUAGUUUAUGGCAUAUAGGACCUUCGGGAGGAGUCUUUGUCAAACGCUCAGGAGAGCACCACAACUUCUGUCUGCUUCAAGAGUGAGAAGAUGUCAGCGAGUUCAAAACUUCAACACUACAUGUAUAUCAUUAACAUCAGAACGUGGCCAUGAUUUUGGGGAAAUCCGUCCACCAUUAGAUCUGUUAUCCUCAGAGGAAACCAUGAUGAAAGAAUCAGUGGCCAAAGUGGCAAAAGAGGUUAUCCAACCGCUGGUAAGAAAAAUGGACGCUGAGAGUCGGAUGGACAAAUCUGUUAUAGAGACCUUGUUCCAAAACGGGUUGAUGGGUGUAGAGAUUCCAGCAGAGUAUGGCGGUACCAAUGGUUCUUUCUUCAUGGCUAAUCUGGUGAUAGAGGAGCUGGCAAAAGUGGAUCCAUCAGUUAGUGUUAUGUGUGAUGUACAUAAUACACUCAUCAAUUCCCUCCUCCUAAAGCUUGGAACCAAAGAGCAGAAGGACAAAUAUCUUCCUCGUCUUGCCACAGAUAUGAUUGGAAGUUUCUGCUUGUCUGAGACAGAAUCUGGAUCAGAUGCUUUUGCCUUGAAGAUGUCAGCGGUCAAACAAGGUGACUGCUAUCUUCUGAAUGGAACCAAAAUUUGGAUCACUAAUGCUGAAGAUGCUGGUGUAUUUUUAGUCAUGGCAAAUGCAAACCCUACAGCUGGCUACAAAGGAAUCACAACAUUUCUUGUUGACCGAGACUCACAUGGACUUAGUAUUGGGAAGAAAGAAGACAAACUUGGAAUCCGAGCCUCUAGUACAUGUCCUGUACAUUUUGAUAAUGUCAAGGUUCCUGCCACAAGUGUGUUGGGAGAAGUGGGAUAUGGUUAUAGAUAUGCUAUAGAGAUCCUCAAUGAAGGACGGAUAGGAAUCGGGUCACAGAUGUUAGGAUUAGCAGAAGGCUGUUUCAAUGCCACUGUGCCGUACACACAGGAGAGAAAACAGUUUGGCAAACGUAUCUGGGAUUUUCAGGCCAUGCAACAUCAAAUAGCUCAUGUGGCCACUCAGAUUGAGGCUUGUCGCCUGCUCAUUUACAAUGCUGCCCGAAAGAAGGAGGCUGGGGAGCCAUUUAUUAAGGAGGCAUGUAUGGCCAAAUACUAUGCAUCUGAGGUUGCAGCAUUGACAACCAACAAGUGUGUGGAGUGGAUGGGAGGUGUUGGUUUCACCAAGGACUACCCAGUAGAGAAGUACUACAGAGACUGUAAAAUAGGUGCUAUUUACGAAGGUACAUCCAACAUUCAGUUAAACACUAUUGCCAAGUGUAUAGAAUCAGAGGGCAUCAAAUCAUAGUACCAGUAUGUCACCUUGAUCAUUUCAAUCAAGUAUUUUAUGUUUUUGGUGGAAAUAUGGAGAUUGUUUGGUAGCUGAAGUGUUUUCUGAUAAAGAAACGUGAUAUUUGUGUGGUAUUUAAUAAGACUUUAGAUCCAGUUGUCAGGUAUAAAUCACUUCAGUAAACAUGGUACAAUUUCCCUAUCAAUGUCACUCUGAUUUGUUUGCAACAGGGAUUGAAUUUUUGUUUUGGUCUUAAGAACAAACACUUGUGAGCAAUUCAAUGAACUGUUGAAUGGAGACCACUCAUGAUUUUUCUUGAGUUCCCUUGAACAGAGAGUCUGAAACCACUGACUUUUCUGGUCUGGGUGUGAUCAUCAUCUAUUAAGAUGUCCCUCUGCAUGUUUCUUUCCUUUGCAGUUUCAUGAUAUUUUUGUACCACUGUUGUAACAAAAGACCAGUGAGAUGUUGUACUAUAGACUGCAAACAUCAGCUUUUACUGUUUGGAGAUCAUAUUCCGGGCUAAUUGUUAAAUGCCACAAGUAAUAUGUUUUUAUUUCCUUUUCCAGUGCUGUAUGUCAGGAGAUUUAUUUCCAAGUAAACCUCAGUUUAUCACUAGACUCAAAACGUAUGUGACAAAAUACUUCAAUAAUGUCGGGAGUUCACUGAUAACAGUGACAAUAUGGAAGUGAAUUAAACAAAACAAAAAAUAUUGAAGUGAAUUAAACAGUGAAAAUAUUGAAGUAAAUUAAACAGCUAGUGAAAAUAUUGAAGUAAAUUAAACAGCCAAUGAAAAUAUUGAAGUGAAUUAAACCAACAUUGUUUUCUUAUUAAUAAAAUUGAACUUUGAAAUUAAGAAAAUUACUUAUGGCCUGUUACAAAAAAAAAUGUGUUGCAUAAUUAUGUGAAUGUGUUUUUUGGUAGGAAUUAAAUGCAAUAUUUUUAAGGGAUUGAAAGUAAACAUAUUAUGAUCUGUUUAUUACUGAGAUGAUUUAUUACUUCUUUUAUCUUGUCAUUAAGAGUAUUGUAACCUGUACAGAAUAACAUGUAUAUAGUAUAUGUAUGAAAAACUAGUUACAGAAAAUAUCAUGGAUACUUAAUUCAGCGAUGUUUACCAUUUACAUUGCCAAUGAGAACAGUUUGAAAAACGUUGAGUCUGGUUUUCGAUCUACUUAUUCAAUUACAAUUUGUAUAUAUAUACAUGUAAUACACUUAUUGUUAUAUGAACAUGAAUAUAAUAUGUGUCUUUUUGCUGUAUAGGUUUAUAAUAAUGUACAAAAUGUUACCUGUAAUUAAUGAAAUGAAAAACAAAUAUCAAUUUUUGUUUCUAUUUACUUUAUUCUGUUUCCAUUAAGGAUGAUUUAUAAACCUUUUAAGCAAAAAAUAAACAUAGAACAAUGCUAGACCUUUUUGUGCAGCACUUUACCGUCAAGAUCAAUCAUUAAUCAUUAUAAACUGUUUCUUGUCUUUUGUAACUUGUAUACAUAGCUAUAGCCUUUAUGUGAUUUUAUACGUAGGGUGUGUGAAAGAGCUGAUAGAUUUUUAACAGAUUUGAGAAUCUCCUUUAUGAUGCAUUAACAAUUGAUUUGGUUUUGGUUUUUUUGUUUUUUUGCAUACAAAGGAAAUGAAUAUGAUACUCAAAGAUCCUGAAGACAUUUUUAUGUGUUUGUCGCAUCUGAAUAAACAAUAACUAAAUUCUGUA